AUUAUUGUUUUUACAACCGUAUUCUGGGCAGUGGCAGUCAUUGCUAUUAUUUUAAGGGUCUGGUGUCGUUCUCUCAAGGGCAGGUCCCUAGUUUUCAACGACUAUGCUGUGCUUGUAGCAUUCGUUUUCACAUCAGGACUGUCGGCAAUUCUAAUCACAUCGGUCGUGUGGGCAGGUGCUGGUCACCAUGUGGUGGAUAUCUCACCACAAUACCGCAAUCGAAUAUUUAUUCUCUUUGCUGCAGGUCAGUCGUCGUGGGCGGCCUCGAAUACCUUUGUCAAGCUCUCCAUCCUACACUUCUACACUGUUAUAUUCCCAAGUCGAAAAUUUCGCAUCAUUUGCAUCGCGGCAAUGGUAAUCUCGGGUUUAUACUUCACUUCUGUUCUGCUUGAGACCUUCUUAUUGUGCACUCCAGUGCAAUACAAUUGGGACAAAACAAUCUCUGGGACUUGCAGUCCACACAGUCAGAUCGCAUACAUCAUUGCUGGAGCCACGAACUUAGUCAUCGAUGUCUUCAUUGUUUUGCUACCCAUGCCGAUACUCUGGAAAUUGCAAAUAUCAUGGACCAAAAAACUUCUUGUCAUGGCUAUGUUUAGCUUGGGCGCUGUCAUUUGCAUAAUCUCUCUCCUACGUGUGAUAAACGUUGCUAAACUUGAUCUUACCGACUUUACCUACGCCUGCAUCAAUCUCUCAAUCUGGGCGAUACUCGAGCCUACGCUUGGUAUUGUCAAUGCAUGUCUUCCUGUAUUUCGUCCUAUUGCAUCUUCUGUC